AUCUCAUUUUGUUUUGUUGAAACGACAAAGAUUAGCAAAAUAAUUAGUUUAUUUCAUUUAUGUAGUAAUUUCGCAACAUUACACAACAAAAAACUAUCAUUCGCCACAUAAGAUAAAAUUCAGACCAUAGUGCUGACAUUGAAAUUAAAUUUUUGCGUACAAAACGUAAAAAAGACAAAUAUGGAAGGUAACGAUGAUAAGAAGAGUCUACAAGGCCAACAGCCCCCACAGACAGCAACAAAAGACAACACAAUUUCGGAUAGUAAAAAUCGGAAAGAAAGCAAAAAGUUUGCUUUGCAAAGGAUCUCAAAAAAAUCUGCUGACGUUAUCAAAAAAUUGCAGAACAGACGCCUUGCCUUGGAAAAGCGCGAAGAAGAAGUUAGGCGUAGUGGUGAGGCUACCAGCACUAAUGAUCGACAUGCUAAGACAAUGCUAAAGGUAAUAAAUCGAAGGAUGCAGGUAAUUUCCCACAAUGGUGAUGUCUCAUCGACUCAUAAGAACAAUGAGGUGCCUGUGUCGGCCAACGUGCUGCCAGGUUCCAGAAAAAACGGCAUGGUGGUGGCUCCCAAACAACAAUAUUCAAAAGAACAAUUAGAAUGUUUGGUUGAUGGAUUGCUGGAAUUAAUCAACAGAUUGACAUUUAAUGAUAACAAUAUGCUGGAGAGAGUCAAUCAAUUGGCGUCUAAUAUAAGGAAUUUAAAGGAUUACUCUUUGGUUUGGACACUGAACGAUAGCACGCCCUCAACAUCGCAUCAAGUUCGCAACGAGGCUUGCCAUUCACGGCGUGACAGUGAAAGAUAUGACGAACCAUGUUCUUAUGCUGUGGACAACAAGGGUGCUGCGGCAAACCGCACUUCCACCAAAACAAAGGAAACAAAACCUAAAAAGGAGAAAAAGGAAUCAAGUCCACAAGAGACUCUUCUAAAAUAUAUCAACGCCAUUAUUUCGGAAUAUUAUGAGGAUCGGCAGCAAAACGCAAAAGAAACUCCAAAAAUAGCAUGCGCACUUGAAAAUCUGGAUGACUUGGAAAGUUUUUCCAAAUUGUUGGUCUCUGCUGGCUUGGGGCGCAUCGUUGAGAAGGAGAUAAGGAUAAACCGAAAGAACAAUAGACAAGCUUUUAUAGCAAUCACUGAAGAUAGGGAAGGCUUGGAGAGAGAUGGCAUUAUUACUCUGCCCGUGGCUAGACGUUAUGCCUUUGAUGGCGAUAUUGUUCGCGCAUUUGUUUUGCAUUCAAGCACCAGCAGUAAUCAGGCACAAGGAUCUGAGCUGCUAACGCGGAAGCCCAGAAAUGCAUCAAAUGCAUCGACUUCCUCCAAAAUAGUGGGGGGCAAGGAAAACUCCAUAUGUUUGGCCGACGAUGAAGAUCCUUUCGACGAGGGGGAUUUAUCACAAGACACGGAUCUGGAGGAUGAAAAUCUGGACAUGGUCGACGGCACUGCCUAUGUAUCGGAGAACUGUCCCAAAGCUUUUGUAAUCAGUAUUGUAAAGCAUACAGAGUUGCGUGAGGUUGUCGGAUCAAUCGCCUUCAAAAACCCUACCACGUUAAACUCCAAAACCUACUUCAAAUUGAAGCCGCACGACAUGAAAUUUCCCAUGGUCUAUAUUCCAACAGAGACCUGUGAGGAGCACAUAAAGGCAGCCAGCAAAGAUGAUAUAGUGGGCAUGUUGUACUUGGCACAUAUUCUGGAAACAGAUAUCAAUGGUCAUUGCAUUGGCGAACUACUACAACCAGUGGGAAAGGUGGGCAAUUUGGAGGCUGAGAUUAAGGCCAUUCUAUUGCACAAUGGCCUUAAGGACCUAAAACCCUAUGACCAAAAAUUCUAUGAUCUGUAUGACGGUCCAGUGCCGCCCAUAACGGAAGAAGAUUUGAAGCAGCGGGAAGAUUUACGCAAAAAAUGUAUAUUUACCAUAGAUCCUCUGACGGCAAGAGACUUAGACGAUGCAGUUUCCGUAGAGAAACUGAGUGAGGACGAAUACGAGAUUGGCGUUCACAUCUCAGAUGUUGCCCACUACCUUGAGGAAAACUCGGAAUUGGACAAUUUGGUAAAGGAGAGGGCAACGUCCAUAUAUUUAGUGAAUGAGGUAAUACAUAUGCUGCCUACAUCGCUGUGCUUCCGUUGUUCUCUUCUGCCGGGUGAGGAUAAAUUUGCAUUUUCAGUAUUUUGGCGUUGGAAUGCGAAGCAAAAAGAAAUGUGCGAGCCACGGUUUACGCGUUCGGUUAUCAACUCAUGUUCGCAGUUUGCCUAUGAGCAUGCUCAGAAAAUUCUAGACAAUCCCGAAGAAAACUUCAGCAGAGAUGAUUUCCCAGAAAUUCAUAACAAUUUUACACCAGACGAUAUUAAAUGGCGCGUUCUCCUCUUGCAUUCCAUAGCCCAAGAACUUAAGGGUCAACGUUACUCUGCCGGAGCCUUAUCAAUAAAUAAUCCAAAGAUAAGAUUUUCCUUGGAUCCUGUUACGGGAGAACCCACUGCCUUCGAAGUCGAAGGCCGCAAAGAAGCCAACUUCCUGAUUGAAGAAUUUAUGCUGCUAGCAAACCAAGCCGUGGCCAAGUUUAUACAUCAACGCUUUCCCAAUACCUCUAUUCUUCGCCAUCACCCACCACCUUUGCAAAAGUCCAUGCGAGCUCUUAAGGACAGAUUGGCAAAUUUAGGCUUAGAUUUUGAUAUAAGCAACUCAAAGUCUGUGUACGAAAGUAUGAAGCGGUUGUGUAGUCAAGUUAGUGAACCUGAAUCCGUAGAAGCUUGCCUCAAUUCAUUGUUAACAAAGCCUAUGGCAAGAGCUCGCUAUUAUUGCAGUGAAGGUAGAUCCUCAGAAGCUGAUUUUUGGCAUUAUGCCCUGUCCAUACCAAUUUACACACACUUCACCAGUCCCAUUCGAAGGUAUCCUGAUAUUUUGGUACAUAGAACCCUUGCAGCAUCUUUAAAUUACUGCCCACCAUCAAAACGAACUAUCGAUGAACUACAUCAAUUGGCGAAGAUUUGCAAUGAACAAAAAAAUAACGCCAAAAAUGCUGGCGACGAGUCCACCGAUCUAUUUUUUGUCCGUUACAUCAAGGCCAAAGAAUCCAUUACCCUAAGGGCUGUGGUAGUCGAUAUUUUCCAGCAUAUGAUGAAUGUUGUCACCAUAGACACUGGCCACAAUUUUACUAUUACUUAUAAGAUGCAAAAAGUCAUAAUAGACACCAGCAAUGCACCAUCACACAUUUUGAUCUCGGAAAAGAAGUCUCAAAUGUCGCCCAUAAAAUUGCAACUCUUUUCCACGGUCGAUGUACGCAUAGUGAUACGAAACAACAAGACCUGUGCUUUUCUAGUGUCACCAGACAAGUCACAGAGACGCCAAAAUUGCAAAGAGUCCUCAAAGAUACGUGACAAAACUUCACAAAGCAACAUCACUGCCUCAAAUGGUGACCGAACUAAUUCAACAUCCGAGCCGGAGGAGGUGGAUAAAGAAAACAACUCAAACAAAAAAGGGGCAAUACCCAAGAAAACGAAAAAAUCCAACAAAAAACCUCAAGUUGUUUACGCUCUACGUCCAGAUACACCAUAAAACCCACUUUCCAUGUCCAUUGGAAACUUUGCCUCCUAUACAUAAACAUGCAUAAUGAAAAUGUACUGUCGUUAAUACUAUGCGAAACUCUAGCCCGGCCACAAAAUGAUUUCUUUGGGCAGCAGCAGUUCCAAGGCAAUCCCUUCCUACCGCCA